ACCUGUCUCAGUGCUCUGAUGGGUUGCUGCUCAGACCACCUCUGUGCCUCACUUAUCAGGUUUAAACUGCUUCAGUGCUUCACCUAAGGGGCUCCAACUCUAUAAUAUCUGCAAAGAGCUAACUAUGAAGAAGUUCCUUAAGAACCGCAAGGUUCGAAAGCAGCCUCAGUUAGACAUCUCUGAGUCCCGGAUGGUAGGCAAUGAUCUGAAUUUAAGCAUGCCAGCAUCAAACCAGGGUUGGCCGGAGGACUUUGGGUUCCGCAUCAGUGGUGGUGGGCCGUGCUACAUCCUUUCAGUGGAUGAGGGGAGCAGUGCUCAUGUGGCAGGUCUGCGUCCGGGAGACCAGAUUCUGGAAAUUGAAGGCCAGAAUGUUUCUUCUAUGACUGCUGAGGCACUGACUGAUGUGGCCCGCCACUGCAAGACUGUACCACCAAGCAUUGGAGUGGUCUCUCGUAUCCAACAGGUGGACAUCCCUCCUGGUGCAGAUGGUCGCUUUGGCUUCACCAUUGUAGGAGACAGCCCCCUCCUUGUUGAAGACUGCACUGCUAGCUCACCUGCCUAUGAAAGUGGGUUAAGGGUUGGCGACUAUGUGCUAGAGGUUAAUGGAGUUCCAGUUAAGCAACAUGAGGUAGCAGCUGCCAUGAUCAAGGCCUCACAUGGCCGCAACCUUAGGCUUGGCAUUCUGUGUCUUGGCCGGAGGCAGAAGAGAGCCAGUGGCAGCAUACGAGAAGGUGAUCAGAGUGGCAGUGAUGUGCACCAGGACCGUAAGAACAAGGCACUGGAAUUCAACAGAAAGAUCGAAGAGGUGCUUGGAGACCAUCCAGAUGUCAAGGAGAAACUGUUCACGGUCCUCAAGCAGUAUGCCUCAGAACGCAGGGUGGAUUACCUGGCAUAUGCUCUGCCCAUGAUUCUAAAUGGAGACCAUCAGUUUCAGCUGAUUGACAGCAUAAGGUAUCAGGCUUUGAGGGUGUUGGUAUGA